UCAAAUCUCGCAACCGCUGCAAGCCAUGGAUUACACAGCGCUGGCCGCGACCGAGUCAAACCCGGUCAAGACGCGAUCAACUGGGUGCCUGAACGUGGCGACCGGCGUCACGACCGUGCUCCAGCAGCGCGGCAAGACGCUCUUCCACAUCGGCUUCCACGACGGCCAGCGGCUCUGCCUCCAUCCCGAGGAAGCGUGGUGCUUGGCCCACCGCGGGGUCCUCGACGUAACGACGGUGGACAGCACGACGGCCCUGCCGCUGCGCGACGUCUGCGCGCACCUUGAGAAGCACACGCCCCGCGCAUGCCGAGAGGCCUACUGCUUUCUGCGCGACCGCAAGUUUUACCCCAUGCGCCACGAGAGGACUACGCCGCCGCCAAUCUCAACGGCCGACGCCAUCCAAAUCGCAUACGAUGUCUACGCCGGCAAGAAGAUGACGCCAUGGCCGCUCUUCCGCGUCGCCGUGUUUGCGUGGGACGCGGCAAUGCCACAUGCGAUGGCGCUUCGCGAGGCCAUGGGCGACGACGACGUGCCAUGGAAGCUCCUCGUGGUCGACGACGAAGGCAGCGUCUUGAGCUACGAGAUAGACGGUCGUCGUGGCCAAGCGCACGUGUAUUAAUAAGUUAUGGUCGCGACACG